GCAGAACUAGUUGGAUCUUUGGGUGGGAUCUUCUACUUUCACUCCUUGUCACAGGUUGGGCUGCUUCUCAUUGAUCAAGGGAAGGCUAGGUUCGGCUACUCAGAACACCCGCUGAACAGCAGUUUUGGGCUACCCUUCGACUACAACGGGACCCUGGACAUCCUCAUCACCCCAGGCCAGAAAGGCAUUCUAAUCUUCUGGUUUGAGAAGAGCCUGUUGGUUUCCAGAAACUCAGGUCAGCUCGUCUACCCUGUCCAUGUGCGAGAAGGACCCAACACCUUGUAUUCUUCCAUCUCUGAAGCCAACAUCACCAUCCACAGCAUUGCUGCUAAUGAAUAUGAACUGGCAGUUUUGACUCAGGAGAACAAUUUGUAUUAUUGCAGCUUGGGAAUCCUAUCAAGUUCUCUAAUCAAAUUUGCAGGCCAAAACCUCUGGUCCCAAGAGGCAGCCCUGAUGUUCACUGAUGUGGGGAGAGUGGAAAUACUGACCCCACUCCCUGAUUCGGUGUUUCCAGCUUUCGAUUUCCAGAAGUGCCCCGUGAACAUCCAAGCGGUUCUCAUGGAUCCCCAACUCCAAGUUGACGUUUGCAAAGCAGAACUUCUGCAAGGAGAAUUUGACAACAAAAUGUACACCAUUGAUAUGAACAGCAAAUUGGAGCUGACCGCCCUGAUGAUACCGCGGCCAGGCAUGUCCCUGGUCCCACUGGCGAUGGUGAGCAACCCCCACUCCCUGGGCCUGCAGGCCAUCAUCUAUGAGGAUGGCUACACUUAUGACGGGAACACCAAACACAGACUGAACAUUUCCCUGAGGCAGCAGCACCACUGGGGAAGAGCCGACCCCAAUUUCACCUCCAGCAUAAAAAGACCCACAGGAUCUACCAUCACUCUGGACAUAGCCAACAAGGAAAUUUCGUGUGUGGACCUCAAGCCACUGACAGCGCUCAUUUCAGUGGGUUGUGACCAGGAGAAAAAGAUCGUCAUUCAGAACGAAAUCUCAGCUUGUCACAAGGGCAUCCUCGACCCCGUGGGCCUUCAGGACAAUUACAGCUACAUCAUCGAGAAGGAAGCCUACGACCCCAACUUCCAGGGACAGAAGGCCAGUGAGGAUCUGGUGGUGGACUACCAGUACGAGAAGCUGGGCUGCCCCCACCUCGUCUACUACAACACCCCAUGGAAGCCCGUGGUGGAACUGUGGCGGGAAGGAAAGUUCCAGGAGGUUAUCAAGGCAGAGUUCGUCCUGCUGGAGGUGCACGGGCUGUUCACGUACACGUACUCCCUGACCGCCCAGACGGCGCUCUGCCGGGCCCAGCCGCAGAACUGGACCACCAUCAUGGAGAACCCCGGCGACAAAGGACCCUUCGCCUGGGACCGAGAGAAGGGCACUAAUCUCACCCUGGUGACUCUACCCUCAGGACCUCGACUAAACUUCAUUACCUCCUAG